AUGAGCUGGCCACGGUUUCCCAGCUUGGUCUGGGCCAUCGUCAUAUGUGCCAACCUAGUUCAGUCUGCCACGACCACGUCAAGCCAGACUGCCUCGCAGACCAACAAUGCCCUUCAUCCCUGGGUCACGAUGGCCCCCGAUGGCGCGACUCGUACGGUCACGCCUACAAUCGAUGGCGACGACACAAUCUCGGCCUACAAUGGCCCAACAGCUCUCCCCACCGCCUUCAGCGACGGCUCCGGGGCUUUCCUCGUCUGCGACGAAGCUUCGGGGUCAGGUGGAUUGUAUUUCCCCUUUUGUGCCUCGGAAAAGGAUAAGGAGGUGGCCGCAGGGAGCACAUACUUCAUCACCUGGGAUGCAGAGCACUUUGAAGAUCCUGGCCGCGGCGUCGUUGUCGAGGGCGCCCUGACUAACCACGACGGCGUCAUCGAGGACCAGGCCUUCUCCUCCGGGCCCAUCGUCGCCUCCGAGGGCUUCUAUGCCUGGACCAUCAGCGAGACGGACCCCAAGAGCUGGAAGCAGAUGGACGUCCAGCUCUACCUCGUCUAUGAGAACGGCACCUCAGCCCGCAACCGCAUCUCCGGCCCCAAGCUGAGCAUUACGCCGCCCAAGCAAAAGUCGUCCUUCCAGCUCUCCUUCGUCAUCCUGCCGGUCUCCUUCAUCUGUUUGGCAUUGAUGGUCGCCGCCGUCUUUGUGACAGUGCGCAUACGGAAGCGCCGCGCCGCAAGGAGGCAGAACGGCGGGUGGAACGGCAUCAGCAGCGCGGAUCUCGAGUCCAAGGAUACAAAGAAGAGCAUGGCUGCCGACGACGACUUUACCUGGUCGGCAGGCGGGGCCGAGAUUGCGCCUCCGAAGCCUGCUUUCAAUUUCGACGCCACGAAGCUGAACCCUCUCAAGAGGAUCCGCUCGCUGAGGCGGCCGGUUGUAAACUUUACCAUUGCCAGCCCGACGGCUGAGGGCCCGAAACCAGCGAGCUCGGUGUAA